AUGUCCGGGCAGCAACCGCCGCCGUACGGGAAUGGACCACGUGGCUGGAAUCCACGUGCCCACAACCCCGCCUCUCCGUCCCCUUCGUCCUUCCUGUACCGUCCACCCUCGCCGUGGACGACGGCGCCCAGUCCGCCGCCGAUCAUCUCGGGUCCCCGUCCCUAUGGCCAUGCCAUGUCGCCGGCGCCACUCAACCAGGUGAGGGGUCAGCGCGGGAGCACUAAUAUACCCCAUCCGCGGCCCCAGUGGCCAGGUGGCAACCAAUCGCCGGCGCCGUACCAACAACAGGCGGCACCGCCACCACCGAGUGGCUACUACGGCGGGGUUUCAUCAUCGCCGGCACCACGCCCCUUCCGACCGGCGCCCCUGCAGCACCAGAACUCCUACGGAGCCCACCAGCCGACCAGCUCGUUCCAGCUGUCGCCGACUCCGUCGCCCAUCGUCUGCCAAACUCCGAGUUCGGACUUCAACUACAGCAACCGACAGACGCCACUGUCGCUCCACCAGCAGCAGCAGCAGUACCAACCACCGCAGUUCUACCAACAGCAGGGAGCACCGGUUAUCCCGCCACAACCGAGACAACACGGAGGACACGGACUGGCGGCCCAGGAUCAGAUCGAUUUCGUGGGCGUGCCACUGGAGCCUCCGCAACCUAAAUCCUACGUGAUUUACGAUGACGAAGAGGAGUUCGGUCCGUCGACAGCCGAGAUCAUUGCGAACCAAUCGCAGGACUACAUCGACGAGAAGCUUGCCGAAUAUCAGAUGACGAUAUUGCAGUUGCAAGACAGCAUCGGCCCACGUUUCCACGAUCCCCCAGUUCCCCAGUUUCCCCAUCAGCCGAAUCAGCAGAAUCAUUCGAAUCAGCAGAAUCAUUCGAAUCACCCGUAUCCGCAGAAGCCUUCUGACAUCAUCGCUCGAAAGUAG